AGCUCAUUUAGCUUUAUUGAAUCAGAUGGUUCGGUUCGCGACAACAUUCAGUUUCAAUUUUAAUUAAUAAAAACAAUUUAUUAAAAAAUAAUAACAUUUUAAGUUAAAUAAGGACUGGAGGAUCAGUGAUUGUUUAGGAUAUUCGGGAGCACGUGUUCCGACUUCUCGGACUGCGAACGAGAAGAAAAAAGAAAGAGGAGUAGUAAAAGAACCCCCGCCGUCCACCGGUCAUCCUGCAGCAGCAACCAAAGCUACUACAGCGCUAUGGAGCGGAUGGAGGCGUCACCACUGCUGGGCAGACCAGCUCCCUGCUACAAGAGCCUGCCUGACGGACACCUGAAUCCAGACCAUACAGCGAGUAAAAUACUUUCGUAUGCGAUCUAUGACAAGCCAAAGCCGGAGAGAAAAAAGCAGAGCUCGUUAGUGACGAUAUUCUCAGUAUGGAACACAAUCAUGGGGUCCUCUCUGCUGACUAUGGCGUGGGGAGUGGAGAGAGCUGGUCUUCCCGUUGCUUUGGUGCUGGUAGCCCUGAUGGCAGGGCUAUGUCUCUACACUGCCUAUGUACUGCUGAGGGUGAACUACCAUCAUGGCAACGACACAUGCGAAGUCCCCGCACUAUGCAGGACGCUGCUGGGCCGCUGGGCGGAGCUGGUAGCGCACACCUUCAGCCUUCUAGUGUUGUUAGGGGCCAACGUCGUCUACUGGAUCCUCAUCACCAACUUCCUUUACUUCACCGUCAACUACUUCACAGAUCUCCACUCUUCAAACCAGACAGAAUACAACUCGACGCUGCUCUGUCCCAAGCUCGACGGGGUCAACGGUUCCCUCCUCAUCCCCGUGGAAGCCCCCGUCAGUCCUUACUGGGGACUUCACUCCACCGUGCCUGUCUACGUCGCCAUUAUCGUGUUCCCUCUCUUGAACUUUAAGAACGUGUCUUUUUUCACCAAGUUUAACUCUUUGGGUACGCUCUCAGUGAUAUACCUGCUCAUCUUCGUCGUCGUAAAGGGCGUUACAUGGGGUAUCCACAUCACGCAGCUGCCCGGCGAAACAUACGUGGCCAAGAACGCAGCAGUUCUUAGUGGAAUGUUGGCGCUUUCCUUCUAUAUCCACAACAUCAUCAUCACUAUUAUGGGCAACAAUGCUAGGCAGGAAAAUAACUGUAGAGAUUUGACGAUAGCAUUCGUGCUAGUGACUCUAACCUACACGUUAGUAGGAGCUGGAUUCUACGUCUGCUUUCCACUAGCAAAAUCGUGUAUAGAAGACAAUAUUUUGAACAAUUUUGAAAUGCAUGAUGUCAUGACUGCGGUAGCGAGAAUUCUUCUAUUGUUCCAAGUGGUGACAGUAUACCCCCUUGUGGCAUACAUGCUCCGGACUGAAGCGAUCCUCCUGUUGCCCUUCACGGAGAGCCGGUGGCUGACUGUUCUCAUCAACAUCACCAUCGUCGUCAUGUGCAUCCUGGUCGCGUGCUUUUGUCCGAGCAUCGGGACUAUUAUCAGAUACACAGGCGCAGUGAGUGGCUUAGUGCAUAUCUUCGCCCUGCCCUCCUUACUACACGUCCGCUCUCUCCAACUCCGAGGCAGAUUAACCUGGUGGAAGGCAGCCUUCUACCUGGUUAUCACUAUCUUCGGGGCCGUCAACCUUCUGAUGCAGUUUUUUAUCAACGAGUGAUUAGUUUCCAAACAAGUUUCUGGAUUGAGCACUAAUUUUGUAGCCGUCAAUUUUGAGACGUGGUUGACUUGACUUGAACUCUGAUUUGACUUGGUUGAAUGUAAUUCGGUGCUACCGAGAUCUUUAAACCAGAUUUUUGGAUCUUAAAUAUUUGCCAUACAAUAUGAUGCCAGUGACUAAGAAGAAAGUGAAGUAGAUAUAACAUGAGAACGGUACCAAAGAGUUAAGAGUAGAGAAGAAUAAAAAUCUUGGAAAUAAAGACUUUUCACGUGAAUCUCACUUGCUUACAUCACAGCAAAUAUUUGGGAGGUAAAUGAUGUGGUAAUAAAUAUUUUCUUCAUACCAAACGAUCAAUGACUUGCAAAAACAGCAGGGUUCAACUGAACCCAGUAACCAACUGGUUACUCUCUAACGUCUUAAGCUUCAACCACACCGAAAUGACAGGUCGCGUGAACUGUCAUGUCGCGCCACCUGUCAUUUACCUAUGAUCGCGCCGGCAAUGGCGAUCUCCACGCGUUGGUGUGGUUGAAGCUAUAAGUAGUUUUGGACCUAUCUGUCACUGUCGGUCAUGUUGUCAUCUCGCUUUGUAUGAGAGAUAAAAACAUCCGAAACUUCGGAUAACGAAGUUGGGGGUAUCCUCAAUAUCUUUGUACGUUUAUAAAACUUACUAUGUUAUAGAAUAAGGAUAAAUAUUUUGUCAUUGUAAGUAAAUAAAAUAAAGACAAAAAGGUGUAUGCAUAAGAGUUAAACAUAAAAUCUAGUCAUACUAUUAGAUAUAAGUUUUAGAUGAUAUUUGAAAUAAAAAUAAGGUUUAACUUUACUAAAAUAUAUUUAUAGAAACACAUAACGAUACAUUCGGUUUAUGCAAUACAUAAUGUGAUAUUAAAAUAAUUAUUAAUAUUUAAUAACAAACUUUGGCCAAAUAAAUACUUUUUACAACCUGUGAUGUUUAAUUAGUAUAUUUACAUAAAAUAACAUUCCGUAAUAAUAUUAAUAUCAUAUUAAACCAGUUUUGUUAGAGAUUGUUUGUUUUGUCAUUCACUUAUCGAAAUAUUUCACACAAUUUGUACUUACAUUAAAAUUUAAAAGUUAAAAUUAGAUAACAAAAAAUGUUACACUAUUAUUUUCAAUUUCGGGUGAAAAUACGUACGAGUAUAUGUUAUUAGAUAAUUAAAUGAAAUAAUAUCUCACCCCGUAAUUAAUUUGAUUAAUAUCAAUGUGCAAUAAAAACUACGCACUACGACCCGUAAUGUGAAAUGACAUUCUAUACUCAAAAAGAUGUUAAAUUGGUCCAAGUAUGUAUUAAAAUUUCAACUAAGACUGAGACCUAUAAAAACUAGCAUAAAACUCGACACUCAAAGUCCUAUAAGUUAAGUUGCAAUGGUUUUUGGAUCUGUUGAGUAUAAACAAACUUGAGUCAUUUCACAAUAC